AUGGUAUUUAAAUUUAAGAAGAAAAAAAAGGAAGAAAGCUCAGACAAGUUAAGGAGACAAUCACAAAACAAUGAAGGAGAUGCCAAUGUGGAGGAAGAAAAAAAAGAUCACAAAAGCAACUCGUGGUACAAGAAAAUUAUUGACAAUGCAAUUAUAACGAAGAGCAAGCAUGAUGAUAAUGAGGAAGAGGAGGAGGAGAAAAGUGAAGGAAAUGACAGUAGAGCGAUGGAAAAAAAUAAAGGUUAUGAAUUGGAAGAACAACUAAAGGAAACCCUAAGAUCGAUCACGUCCUUGUCAACCAAAAUUGUGAAUUACGAAACGAAGAUUGGCGACUUAGAGAAGGAAUUAAAAAUAGAAAAAGAAAAACAAGUCGAUAAGGCAUACGAAAAGGAGUUAAAGGAGAAGGAGAAUUUUAUUAAAGAAAAAAUUGGCUUGCUAAAUGAGAAGGAAAAUCUACUAAAUGAGAAGGAAGUGGACAUAAAUAUGAGAGAAGAAAAAAUUAAUGACAGAGAGAUACUCAUUUCGAAAAAGGAAGAGAAAAUGAAUGACAUGCAGGAGGAGUACUUGGAAAAAAAUAAAGAAAAAGAAAAACUCCAUUUUGAAAUUGCAGACAUUAGAAUUUCACUAGAAAAACUAAAGUACGAAGUUAAAGACAGAAAAGAGUGUCUAGAAAACGUCAGCAAUAAGGUAACGUUAAAGGAAAAUACACUGAGGGAGCUAAAGGAAUUUAUAAGGGAAAAAAACGAAAUGAUAGAAUCUCUUAACGAAAAGAUAACAGAGAAGGAAAAAAUAUAUGAGCAGUUAGGGAAGGAUGUGGAAGUGAAAAGAAAGAUAAUCAAAUUGCUAGACAUGAAGACAAAUGAAAAGGAAAAAUAUUUCGAAGAAAAAAUUAAAGAGUUAGAAAAAGAACAAAAUGUGCUCCUUCAAAAGUUAAAUGAUGUUAAGAUGAGAGAAAAAAAAGUUGAGACAAGGGAAAAUAACUUCCUGCAAAUGGAAGACGAACUGAAUGAUCUUCGCAGUAGCUUCUCGAAGAAUGAUUGUCAGCUAAAGAUAUACAAAUUAGAAAUAAAAGAUUUGAGCAGCGCCCUUGUGGAGAAGGAGAGAGAAAUAUUGGACUUAAGAAACACGUACGAUGGAGAAAUUUGCUUGUUAAAGGAUCAGAUAAAGGAAAAGGAAAAAGAAAUCGCCAAAUAUAGUUCCUCAAGUGGUGACGUGGAUGCACAAGAUGAGCCAUCCAUCCAAGUUGAAAAUAAAGAAAAGAUGGACAAGGAAGAAAAAUGUUGGGAGAAUAACCUCACCGAUUUGCUCAAAAUUAAGGAAAGGGAGUUGCACGAAAUUCAAGAAAAGUACACAAAGGAAAUAAACACACUAAAUAGCCAGUUGAAUGAAAAACGGAAAGAAUGUGUGGAGAUGAAAAACAGCCAUAUCAACGAAAUAAACAAUCUGAAAGAUGAAAUGGAGGAGAGCGAAAGCAAAAUGGCAGAACUGAGAAGUGGCUACGAGAUGGAGAUAAACAAACUGCGCAUGCAAAUUAAUGCAGUGCACGAGGAGAAGUACCUCUUGAGCAACGAAAAACAAACACUCAGUGGAGAGAUAAACAAGCUAAAUGAAGAGAAGGAGUCCUUGACCAACGAGAAGGAGGAGCUAAAUAACAAAAUAAUCACGUUGAACAACGAAAUUGCAACGUUAAAUAUGGAGAAACAGGGACUCACUGGAGAAAUAAACACACUGAACGAUCUGAUUCACACCCUGAAGAAUGAAAUAAGCUCGUCAGAUAACUUGAUUAACAAACUGAAAGAGCAAAUGAACGCGAUCAACGAAGAAAAGGAAGGCAAGGAAAAACUCAUCACAGAGAUUGAAAAUAAUUACAAGAAUGAAAUAAACGUGCUGAAGGAGAAAUUAAAAGAUACAGACAAUCAAGUGAGCAUAGGUGUGAGAGAAGAGCUAGACCACCUGAAAUGUGUCCUUGGCGGAAAGGAAAAGGAAUACAACCAAAUGAAGGAAGACUACGAGAAAAAGCUGAAACAGUAUGAUGAAGAAUUGCAAUCGAAGCAGCAAUAUUUUGAAAAAGAAUUAAAUAAUAUACGCAUCGAAUCGCACGAAAAGGAGAAGAUUUUAAUUUUAAAAAAUGACGAAUUGAAGGAGUUGAAAUUAAAGACAGAGGAAAAGUACCUCAAGCUGUAUGAUGACAAAAUGGGUCUCCUUAGGAAUAUCUGCUCCAAAGUGAAGCUCCCAUACAGCGAUGAAGUUCCGGUGGAUGAACUUCUCGAAAGAGUGAGCGACUACAUAAGGGAAAUGAAUGAACGGGAAGGCGCAAUGAACGGGAAGGAGCAAAAUGAGGAGCAGCAUAAUGAAGGACAGCCGAUUGAAGAGGACGAGGAGAAUAAAUCUGCUGUGACAGUCCAACCGGCCGAUAACGCUAAUAGUCCCACUGACAAUACAGCACUACAGGCGCUACAGAAAGAACUAGAAAGUGUGCAAGAAGAACACAGGGAAGAGGUAGCCAAAAUGAAGAGCGAUUUGGCGAUGAAGGAAAAAACGAUAGAGGAGUCGAACAAGACAAUCGCCGAGUUGACCGGCAGGAUAAAUAGCCUGAGUGAUACCAUUUCGUUUUAUAAAGUAAACAAAACCGAGGAGAAAAUUAAUUCAUACAUGGACCAAAUUAACAGCUUGAAUUUGACGCUUAGCGCGCUGAAGGCUAAGAGUGAACAGGAGAAGUUGGAGAAGCAAAACGAAAUUGUGAGGCUUUCGGAACAGCUCAGCGAGUAUAAGAGACGUGCCGACGAGGAAUGCAGAAAAAGGAUCAGUGAGAAGGAGAGAAGCGAGUCGAAGAAAGGGGACGCAGGAGGUGACUCCGACAAGGAACAAAUCUCCGAGUCGGACGUGGAAGGAGGGGGCAAUUUAAAAUCCUUUUUACACUUUCCCCUUCGCAAAAUAAAAGGGAAAAAAAGAAAGGUCUCUAAAACUGAGAAAGAGAUACAACUGGAGCUCAGGCGAAACGAGCCAGAGAAUGAUGAGAGUGAUAAAAAUGAGAAGGCAUCUAGAAGACACAAGCAAGAGGUGGACAAAUACAAAAGGGAAGUGGAGGAAAAGGCGAAGGUUAUUGAGGACUUGAAAGACAAAAUAUGCGCCCUGACGAACGAGGUCAUGGAUUUGAAAAAUGUGAAGAACGAAUUAGCUGAGAGGAACAGCAGUUUGGCCAAGCUGGGCGAGGUGGAAGAAAAGCAAAGAGAGAAGUUGGACACGCUGAGCGCCAAACUGGGGGGAGCAAAUGAAGAGAUCGCGAAGCUGAGCGAAGAGGUGGAACAACUGAAGAAAGGAGAAGCACAAUCGAGGGAAACAGCAGAGAAGUGGGAAGGGGAAGCAAAGAUGUGGAAAGAGGACGCAGCGAAGUGGGAGACGGACGCCGAGACGUGGAGGAAAGAAGCGGAGGAACUGAGAAGCAGCACGAAUCAAAUGAACGAAGAAUUAUACACGAAAGAGAGUAACUACAUGUUGAAGCUGAACCAAAAUAUAGUAGUUAUACAAAAAUUGAAGGAGUCAAUUCAUGCACUUGAAAAGGAGAAGGAAAAUUACGUUAGCGAGAUAAAAGACUUGAGAAACCAAUUCGAAGCGUUAAAAUUGAAACACGAUACGUUGAGCAAAGAUUACGAUGCGUCAAGUGGGACGUAUAAAGAGUUGGAAGCGAAGAAGAGCAGCCCCCCCAGUGGUGAUGACCACACCCGUGAUGGAGAAAAUAAAUUAAGCAUCCCAAAUGAGAAUUACGAAAUGGACGAAGCAGAGGAGGUGAAUGACAACCCAGGUAUUCCCAAGAACGAAGUUGCAAUCGGUGGAGACGACUCCGCAUUGGUAGUGAAGGAGUACAUAAACGAAAUAGCGCAGCUAAAGGAAGAAAUAAACAGACUAACCCUACUGUAUAGCAAUGAGCUGAACGAAAAAAACAGCUCUGACAUAAGGAUCAAAGGACUGCAGAACCAGUUGAAGGAACUCGAAGUUAAGGAUAAAGAAAAUGCGGAAAAGAUUGGUGCACUAACCAAAAUGAAUCAGAAAAUGAAAGCGAAAAAUGAAAAAUUGAAAUCGGGAAAGUGGUUGUCUAGGAAGGAUCGCCUACCGAAUGAACAGGAGAGUGUCGCAGAGGAGAAAGUGUUUCCCCAGGAUGUGAGAGAGAAGAGGAAUCUGGCGUCAGAAUAUGUGAACACAUUGGAAGAAAAUAACUACCGCGUGAUGAGAAUAAUUGAGGAAAGUGACUCCGAGGGAGGAAGCCAAAUAAUUGGGUCCUAUUUGUACACAAAAAAGGUGGAAAACUUAUACGCAAUAGAUAGUGUAAAAAAGGAAGAUGCAGAAGUGGUUCAGAAGAACGUAAUCACAGUUGUGUGUCUAAUUCUAAGCGAAAUGUUCAGCCUCCUAUUUUUAAACGAUCAAUUUGUUAACAGCUUUGAACAGAUAAACAAGAAUCUAUGGAAGCUUAUCUAUAUUCCUGAAGAGAUUAAAGAUCUGCUUCUGAAAUAUUUUUUCUUUAUGAAUAAGCUAAGGAAUUAUGCUAAACAGGUCCACGGAAAAGUGCGCAACCGGAGGCACGACGAUAAAGGAAAGCACGACGAUAAAGGAAAGCACGACGAUAAAGGAAAGCACGACGAUAAAGGAAAGCACGACGAUAAAGGAAAGCACGACGAUAAGGAGAACGACGAUAAAGAGAACGGUGAUAACCAAAGGUACGAUGAUUCGUGGUUCCUUUUUCAAAACUAUUUGCAGUCCUCAAGUAGUAUCAAGAGAGACAUGGUGUACUUCCUUUUGGAAGAAAAGGAAAAUGAACUAGCCGAGCUGACUGAGCAUUAUCAUGGUGGAUUAAGAAAGGGAGGAGGAGUAAGCGGAGGAAUAGGCAAAGGAAAAAUCUCAGACAUACUAAACUUUUCAAAGGACGAAAUGAGAUUAAAGACCAUAGCACAGUUAAGAAGAGACCUAAAUUUUGAAAAAAAAUCCAAAAUAUUGCUAAGUAGGGAUUAUCAACUGUUACUUUAUAAGUACCAAGAAUGCGUGAGGAAACUAAAGAGAGUAAAAAAUAUGAUAAGGCAGUUAAAUUUGAACGACUCUUCAAAUAAAGGCAGUUUUACCUUAAACAGGCAACUGGCCAAAUAUUCCGAUACAAGUAAUGAGAAAUGUUUUAACACGGAAGGGGAUGAUGACGAUUCGCAUGGAAAUUAUAAAAACUGUAUUCUGUAUGAUAAUAAUAAUAAUAACGCAGAAUUGGAGAGUCCAGAAAAUGUUCUAAUUUAUGACAUAAUUAAUUUGAGGAAGACGCAAAAUAUAACGAGAAAUAAUUUGACCAAUUGGGGUCGUCACAGCAUGGGGGGCAGGUGUCACGAAAACGCUUCUCAUGCCGUAAGGGCAAUGACAAGUGCUCCCAAAAUAACCAGCCAUAAUAACUUCACACACAGAAACAGGUUCAGCAAUGAGCCCAAAAUUAGUGCCCACUUGGAUGACAUGAAGAAAAUGACAAAUAUUUUUAACGAAUCUGUUGAAAGUAGAGGGGACAGAACCUUUGUGCACAGGAGUCCCUUCUGCUAA